AUAUUUAAAAGUCUAUGUCAAAAACCAAUAUUUAACUCAAAAAUUAAAAUAAAAAAACAAUUAACGAUGGCUCCGAAACGAUAUAUAAAGACACAAAGUUAAGGAGAGGAUGUUCGUUCGGGCACACAUAAAUUCUUCAAAAUUAAGACUUUUAUUCAUAGAGAGAGAAACCCAAAUAAACAAAACAAAAACAACAAAAAAGGAAAACUCGGUUGUGUUUUUUUUGUGUUGUGUGUGUGAACUGUCAAAUGCUGGCGACUGAUUUGUAACGCGGUGGCACUGCCACGGUGGUUUAGGAUCUUAAGUAACCACAAAAACCAUUUUUAAGAAAUGGGUUCCGGUCAGAUUAGCGGCGGAGGAAUUAUUAACGGUGGUGGCGGCGGUGUUGGUGGUUCUAAUAGUAGUGGUGGUUCUUCUAGUAGUUGUUGUGAUAUGAGUAUGAAGUGUUGGUGUAGAUGGAGAUUAGAAAAUCAACACUACUAUAACCGAAUUUUGUCUUCUGGUUUUGUUUUCUUUUUUGGUUGUUUUGUUUUGUUUGGAUCGAUUGCUAGUUUUUAUGGUUGGCUUGCUUUUUCUCCUUCUGUUCACUCCUCUCUUUCCCCUUUUGGUUGUCAAGAUGACAAUGAGGGUUCUUGGUCUAUUGGGAUUUUCUUUGGUGAUUCACCUUUCUCUCUUAAACCCAUAGAAUUUUCGAAUUUAUCAAAUGAUGAUAGCGCAGCUUGGCCGGUUGCGAAUCCUGUUGUGACUUGUGCUUCUGUUUCUGAUGCUGGUUUUCCAAGUAAUUUUGUUGCUGAUCCUUUCCUUUUCAUUCAGGGAGAUACUCUUUACCUGUUCUACGAGACAAAGAAUUCAAUCACUAUGCAAGGUGAUAUUGGAGUUUCAAAAAGUACUGAUAAGGGAGCAACAUGGCAGCAACUAGGAAUUGCCUUGAAUGAGGACUGGCAUCUCUCUUAUCCUUAUGUAUUUGAGCACGACGGCCAGAUAUAUAUGAUGCCCGAGGGGAGUAAAAGAGGAGAUCUCCGUCUCUACAAAGCAGUUAACUUUCCUUUGCAGUGGAAAUUGGAAAAGGUCCUUAUAAAAAAGCCCCUUAUUGAUUCCUUUAUCGUCGAGUAUGGUGGAAAGUAUUGGCUUUUUGGCUCGGAUCAUAGUGGUUUCGGCACCAAGAAAAAUGGGCAGUUGGAGAUUUGGUACAGCAAAUCACCUCUCGGUCCUUGGAAACCUCACAAGAAAAACCCGAUUUACAACAUUGACAAGAGCUUGGGAGCUCGCAACGGAGGCAGGCCAUUUAAAUACGAAGGACAUCUUUAUCGUAUGGGUCAAGACUGUGGUGAUACGUACGGGAGACGGGUGCGUGCUUUUCAGAUAGAAACCCUUACAGAUGAAGAAUACAAAGAAAUUGAAGUACCUUUGGGCUUUGUUGAGUCAAACAAGAGCCGGAAUGCAUGGAAUGGUGCUAGAUACCAUCACUUAGAUGCCCAACGUCUUCCAUCUGGUGGUUGGAUUGGUGUUAUGGACGGGGAUCGCGUUCCUUCUGGAGAUUCAAUCCGACGGUUCAUGGUUGGUUGCGCUUCUGUUGCAUUUGCUGCUUUACUCAUCGUACUGUUGGGUGUUUUACUUGGGUUCGUGAAUUGUAUCGUCCCUCUCAAUUGGUUCAUUCAUAACUCUGGGAAGAGGAGCCCAACGUCCUUGUCUUGGGAAAGGCCAAACGUGUUCUCUUCAAAAGUAAGACGAUUCUGCACCCGCUUGAACCGAGUCCCAACCUUUCUCCGAGGUAAGAUAAAGCAUAAUACUUGUGCUAGGAGGGUUAUUCUUACUAUAAUAUUCGUAGUUGGGGUUGCAAUGAUGUGCAUAGGAUUCAGAAAUAUUUAUGGUGGCAAUGGUUCAGAAGAACCUUACCCAUUGAAAGGUCAAUACUCGCAGUUCACAUUAUUAACAAUGACCUACGAUGCUCGUCUCUGGAACUUGAAGAUGUAUGUGAAACAUUACUCAAGAUGCUCUUCCGUGUCCGAGAUAGUUGUAGUGUGGAACAAGGGAAUCCCUCCGGAAUUGAGUGAUCUAGAUUCUGCUGUACCCGUCAGAAUCAGAGUAGAGGAGAAAAACUCUCUAAACAACCGAUUCAAGGAGGACCCUUUGAUAAAAACUCGAGCUGUCCUUGAGCUCGACGACGACAUUAUGAUGACAUGUGAUGAUGUCGAGCGAGGUUUUAACGUUUGGCGUCAACAUCCCGACCGAAUCGUUGGGUUCUAUCCUCGACUAAUUGCCGGAAGUCCGUUAAAGUACAGAGGAGAAAAAUACGCCCGGACGCAUAAAGGCUACAACAUGAUUCUCACCGGUGCAGCUUUUAUCGAUUCAAAACUAGCUUUCAAGAGAUACUGGGGCAAGGAAGCUAAGAAAGGGCGAGAAGUGGUGGACAAGUUAUUUAACUGCGAAGAUGUGCUUUUGAAUUACUUGUAUGCAAAUGCAAGUUCAUCAACAAGGACAGUUGAUUAUGUGAAACCGGCUUGGGCAAUCGACACUUCAAAGUUCUCCGGUGCUGCAAUUAGCCGUAACACACAGGUGCAUUAUGGAUUGAGAAGUAAUUGCUUAAUGAAAUUUUCGGAGAUGUAUGGAAGUUUAGCCGAUCGAAAAUGGGGAUUUGACAGUAGGAAAGAUGGUUGGGAUGUAUAGUAUGGACUAAUGGAGUGGUUUUUAAUUUUUUUUUUAUAGUUAGAUUUUUUAUGGUAACUGUAGUAUUUUUAUUACAUCUUCUGUGGGUAUAAAGUCUUGUGUUAAUACUUGUACCCCAUUUGUGAAUUUUUAUUUUUAGGGGGUUUUCUAAAUAGUAUUUAUUGUUUGCAACAUGUAAAUUUGGUUCUAUAAUGGUCCUUUUUAUGUUUUUGUUUAUUUCUAAUGAUGUUUGGGAUUGAAGGUGGAAACAUUAGAAAAAUAUUAGUACACAAGUGUUUUCUGAGGAUAUUCCUUAGAAACUGUAGUUCUGAUUCUGGUCCCAA